CAAAGUUUAUCUUUUUCCAUAAGUGAUCAAAUAAACCAAGACAAGAACCAUAACAAGAAUUAACAUGAACAAGACAGAGAGUGGUAUUCACAAGUGCAAUUUCUUGACAUUCAACAUCAACAAAAUYAACCAAGUGAGAAACACCUACAUCGCUGCGGCGUGUCUUCACAGCUUAAUUAUUCUACCAACAGUAUCGCUCAAUAUUCUACUGAUAGCGUCUUUGUUGCGGUCAAGCGAGCUUCGUAAACCAUCAACGAAAUUCAUUUUYAGCUUAGCAGUSUCUGAUCUCCUAUUGGGGUUGAUUCUUGAGACUACACUUGUAGCAAAAAAGAUAGCAGAAGUCGGCAAUGAUUUUACAACAUACUGUGGAACUGGUAUGGUUACUUACAUAGCUGGAUCGUAYGUGACAYURGUGUCCCUUUGUACCUUGACUGCCAUUGCUAUAGACCGUUUCCUUAUUGUACACAAGGGGAAUAGGUAUAGCACCCUUAUGAGUAAUAUGAGGGUAAAAUGUGUAAUCUUAACCAUAUGGAUACUAGUUUUUGUUAUCGUAUCUGGACAACUGUAUACUCCACGAUGGCUUUACUUCAUGAUAGCUGCACCCCUGUAYAUGACAUGUAUAGUGUUGUCGUCUAUAUGUUAUAUAAAAAGCUUUUGGACACUUCGACAACAAAGACUACAGAAUGAAAACUUGACAGAAGGAGUGACGGGACAACAUGUUGCAAGUGCAUGGAGGUACAGGAAAUCCAUGUUUACAAUGCUGUAUGUUUUUGUGUUUUUUAAYUUGUGUAGUGUACCCUUCCUSUGUACUACAGUUGCAGCKAGUAUACURGGAGAAACCGCGGCCAUUUGGGGUGCAGAGAGUAUAGCAACAGUUAUUAACAAUAUGAAUUCACUUAUAAAUCCCAUUGUGUUGUUUUGGAGGAUGAAGAAUAUCAGAAAAGCUUGCUGGGCUUCCUGUUUUAACGGUACGAGGAAGAACUAUGAAGCGAAUCAGCCAUGUUAA